AUGCCUCCUAGACGCGGCGCCGUUAGGCGCACGGGUUCUACACCUCGCUCUGAGGCAGAUAGCCCUUUGACCUUUUUCCAGACCAAGUUGGGUACGGAGAAAAAGACACAGGCUCUGCCAAAUCUUCCCACCAAACAGUCGUUUGCCUAUGGCUCGGCUGAGACGCCAAUCCUGCCUCGAGAACUAGUACUUCAGCCUCAUAUGGAUCUGGCAGAGAUGGCAGUCGCGAUCGACAAGGGAAUUGAAGAUGCCAAGGAUCGACAGAUGAGGGAAAAUGAAAAGUCCAAGGACACCCGCCGUCGCCAGAAGUCGUCCUCCGUUAGCCGUUCGCCGGUUCGACGGAAACGACGUGAGCCAACUCCGGAUGAACUGCAGCUUUUCGAUACUCUACGCGAGGCAACCAAGACUCCUAGCCCGGUACGGGCUUCGUUUGACACCAACGAUCAAUCUACUGCUACUCCCACGCCUCCGAUACCACAUAGUAUUUCCUCCGCUUCCAGCCCCGCUAUUCAACCCCCUCCUGAAGCACGAUAUCCGCAUGUGCCAGCCGAGAAUCUGUACCCAUCGCCUAUGCUGCGGUUUGGCCCGCGAAUGAACGACGAGCUCCCAUUAGGAAGCUCCCCGCUUGUCGAUGACUCGUCAGUCAUCUCAUUUUCCGUGGAGCGAGAUGUGAACGAUGAUGACUUGAGGCGGACACUUUCCGAUGGAAAGAACAUCAAGGCACCCCCCCGUCGGUUUUCAGGGCUUGCCUUUGCCAACGAGACUAUCCAUGAAGAGGAGGAGCCGGACUCCAGACUGUUACACAGAAAGUCGAAUGACGAAGAUUUUCAACCGGAAGCUUCAUCAGAAUCUUCCGCGAAAUUCUCAGCGGAGCCUUCGCCUUCACUUUCACCUUCGCUUGAACCUUCACCCUCACCAGAGCCGGAAAUCGUCAGAGAAAAGUCUCCUGCAGUUCAGUUUUCUGCGCCAACUAAAACACUCAUCCCUGAUAAAUAUCCACCCGGGGUCUCAUCACCAGAAAUGCCAAUGCACGGCCACCAACGAGCGGGCGAUCGCCCGAACGAAAGCCUCUCUUGGAACGAACGCUUAUCAGAAGUCCUACCCAGCAAGUCUGUUGUGGCCCGCAUCCUUUCUGGAAUAGCAUUGAUAGCGGCAAUUUUUUACCUCUUUACAAUUGCCGGGGUUAUCUCUCUUGGCCGGCCCAUACAUUACAUUCCGAUGGAUGAGAGCAACAUGAUAGCUGUCAGCAGCCUCACAGACCAGAUGUCGCGACUCGGGGCACAGGUGUCGUCAUUGGCAAAGGAGAUGAAAACAGUCAAUUCAGACAUCAAAACCGUCCGAUCGGAGGUGCGAGCCGUACAAACCCCCAAAGCGACGCCGGCCACUGGAAGCGUCGCCCUUAGUCCGCCAGUGGAACGGAAGACCAACUUCCUGAGCAUUGGGCUGGGUGUGAUUGUCGACCCGGAGCUUACGAACCCAACCGCCGGGCGCAAGCUCGACUACCUCCAGACUCUCUACGCGACAUACUGGAAAGGAGAACAUUAUCGACCAUCACAGCCGCCGCUUGCGGCUUUAGCCCCCUGGGAGGACUACGGAGAUUGCUGGUGCAACACACCUCGGGACGGCAUGUCGCAGAUUGGUAUUUAUCUGGGCCAACUGAUUGUGCCGGAGGAAGUGGUAGUCGAGCACAUCCCAGGGCCGGCUUCGUUGAUGCCUGAAAACGCCCCCAAAGAGAUGGAACUAUGGGCCCGGUUUGUUGAUGCCCGAAACAAGCCUGGCCCUCCUCCGAGGUUUCAAUACGUGCGAAAAGUCUGGCAAACAGUCUUUCCCGGUUCGGCAAAACAAUCCUCAUUCCACGAGCCGAUCAUGAACGCCCUCCGUGCCACAUGGCCGACCGAGCCGCAGACCGCUUACUCGGAUGAUAAGCUUCUGGGGCCGUCCUUCUAUCGAGUGGGCAAAUUCACGUAUGACAUCCACGGCUCGCAUCACGUGCAGCGAUUCGAAUUAGACACGGUGAUUGAUUCCCCGGAGGUGCGAGUAGACAAGGUCGUGUUCCGCGUCAAAUCCAACUGGGGCGGAGAUCAUACAUGUCUGUAUCGGCUGCGGCUAUACGGGCAUAUGUAA